AAAAGACGGUACAAGAAAUUAAUGUCCAGGUUCAUCCUCCCAAAUUGACUUAAAAAAUUCACCAAACCAGUCCCUAUAAAAUCAACAUGAAAUCUAUCCAACAAUCCAACUUCAUACCAUUUUUCACAAGAUUUUUUGCCCAUCCCAUUAAACCAUCUCAUAUUUUUUUAAUUCUCAAUACGCCUCUCUCUCCAUUGUUGUUGUAACCUGUAAAUUACCUCAAAAAUCGAACCAGAGAGAAGGUCUUAAAGCUCUAUCAAAACACCUCCAAUGGCGACCAUGUCUGCUGUUUUCAUCAAAACACCAAACCCACCUUUCUCUUUAGCCAAAACCCAGAAAACCCAAUUCACCACAUCCAACAAUCUCUCAUUUUCUCAGCGUCCAAACAAGAAGACCCAUCAAAGGACCCGAAUUCAUUGCGGGUUGAUCGAGCCAGAUGGUGGGAGGCUCGUUGAGCUUGUGGUUGAGAAGUCUCAGAGAGACCAUAAGAAAAGACAGGCCCUUUCGAUGCCUCAAAUCAAGCUAUCAAAGAUCGAUCUUGAAUGGGUUCAUGUGCUCAGCGAGGGUUGGGCUAGCCCGCUCAGAGGGUUCAUGAGAGAAUCUGAGUUCCUCCAAACUCUUCAUUUCAAUUCGCUCCGCCUCGAAGACGGUUCCUUCGUCAACAUGUCGGUGCCAAUUGUGCUCGCCAUUGACGAUCUGCAGAAGAACCAGAUCGGCGGGUCCACAUCCGUUACUCUCGUCGACGCCGGCGAUAACCCGGUUGCGAUUUUAAGCAAUAUUGAGAUAUACAAGCACAACAAGGAAGAACGAAUAGCGAGAACUUGGGGAACCACAGCCCCUGGUCUACCUUAUGUUGAGGAAGCUCUAAGUAAUGCUGGAAACUGGUUGAUUGGAGGUGACUUGGAGGUUAUAGAACCAAUCAAGUACCAUGAUGGUCUUGAUCGGUUCCGAUUGUCCCCUGCAGAACUUCGUGAGGAAUUCACGAAACGUAAUGCAGAUGCAGUGUUUGCUUUCCAGCUGAGGAAUCCUGUGCAUAAUGGCCAUGCUUUGCUGAUGACUGAUACUCGUCGUCGGCUUCUUGAUAUGGGCUACAAGAACCCUGUCCUAUUGCUUCAUCCAUUGGGAGGCUACACUAAGGCAGAUGAUGUUCCACUAAGUUGGCGAAUGAAGCAACACGAGAAGGUGCUUGAAGAUGGUGUUCUUGAUCCAGAGACUACUGUGGUUUCUAUAUUCCCAUCUCCCAUGCAUUAUGCUGGCCCAACUGAGGUGCAGUGGCAUGCAAAGGCUCGGAUUAAUGCAGGAGCCAACUUUUACAUUGUAGGUCGGGAUCCAGCUGGUAUGGGCCAUCCAGUUGAGAAAAGAGAUCUAUAUGAUGCUGACCAUGGGAAGAAGGUACUGAGUAUGGCUCCCGGACUGGAGCGACUAAACAUCCUCCCUUUCAAGGUGGCUGCAUAUGAUAAGACACAGAGUAAAAUGGCAUUUUUCGAUCCUUCAAGGGCUCAAGAUUUCCUCUUCAUCUCAGGCACCAAGAUGAGGACACUUGCAAAGAACAGGGAGAACCCUCCGGACGGAUUUAUGUGCCCUAAUGGUUGGAAAGUGUUGGUAGACUACUAUGAAAGUUUGUCUUCGGCCGAGAGUGGAAAAGUUCCUGAAGCUGUUCCAGCUUAGGAGGAGGAUAGGAUUCGUGCUGUCAAAACAUAAUACCUUAUGCUUGGGAGGAACAUUAAAACCUUUCUCCAGUAUGAGGUUAACACAAUAAAUUAAGGCAGUGGUACAUAGACAGAUAGCUUUGUCUUGUUAAUCUGUAAUAGAGCUCCAAUACUGUCACGUUGAAAUUGUGCACUUGUGCAUGCAUCAAUGUAUCAUAUUGUGAUGGUGCUUUUAUGAAACAAAACAAUUUUUGGAUACCUUUCAAAAUCAA